AAAAUAUGAAGUCCACACUGAUCAAAUUGAAAUAAUUUCCAUUUUGAAGUGACUUAGACGAAAUUUCAUAAGAUGUAACUCAAAGCGAAGUUUGGGUAGUUUCAUUUGGGCAGUGGGGGAGACUGUUCGAUUGCAGAGGCUGAGCGAUUCAUGAAACCGAACAUGGGCGGCUUGUACUUCAGUUUCUUGAUUGCCCUUUUACUUUCUGCAAAUCUUGAAGCUUCCUAUUGUUCAAAUGAAGGGUUGCAAACAGUGAGGAAUAUAAGUGAACUUACACAGGAUAAUUAUGGGAGGCCUGGAUUGUCGCAUAUCACAAUUGCUGGUUCCCUUAUACAUGGGUUUAAAGAGGUUGAAGUGUGGCUUCAGACAUUUGCUCCAGGAGCCCAUACUCCAAUACACAGGCACUCGUGUGAGGAAGUUUUUGUGGUGCUUAAGGGAACUGGCACUCUAUAUCUUACUACUACUUCACAUACAAAAUAUCCUGGGAGUCCACAGGAGUUUCCAAUCUUCUCAAAUAGCACAUUUCAUAUCCCUGUCAACGAUGCUCACCAGGUCUGGAAUACUAAUGAAAGUGAGGAUCUACAGGUGUUAGUCAUCAUAUCUCGGCCGCCGGUGAAAGUGUUCAUAUACGAUGAUUGGUUCAUGCCACACACCGCAGCCAAAUUGAAGUUUCCUUAUUAUUGGGACGAAAAGUGUUACCAGGCACCACCAGUGAAAGAUGAGCUUUAACCUUUUAAGGCUGAGUUAUGAUAAUUUCUAUUUGAGGCUGUACAUGUGCGAAAAUGUGAGGCGCAACAUAUCCUUCAUGGUGCUUUUCAGUAAGGUGAAUUAGAUAGAAAUAGACAAAAUUAAGGAAGAAAAAAGAUUGAUCUUUUCUAUUGAUGUCGUUCGUGGAAGAUUUUAAGAACAAAAUAUCCAUUAUGACCUUCAUGAAGAAAAAAAAUAAAGUUCUGUUAAUUGUCCAGAUAUGUUUAUCAUACUCCAGUUUUAAGUUGUGAAGGGCUUGGUUCAUACAUGAACAUGAUGACCUUGUACAUUGUGUAUAGUUCUUUAUACUUCUGCACGAGCAAGACCUUACUCAUUACUCAUUAGAUUAAAGAUCAUUUUCUUUUCUACUGU